AAGAUCAGUGGAAGAUGUAGAGAGGUCCUUGUAAAAAAGACGGCUUACAUCCCUUUAGUCCUUCCAAAGCUCCUAUUGUUAAAAAUUAACAUGUCACCUAACAAAAUUCCUCUGACAUACAGGUGACAAAUCCACUGUCGCAAAUGGCUCUUUCUAAUUGGCUGGUAAUAAUCUCUUGCAGAGAUAAAAGCUGUUCUGAAUACGAAGAGUUACCGUGCUUUUUUCCAAAAUUCAAAGUGAGAGCACACACCGAUUCCAGGUGGGAAAAUGAAGUUUCUUCUCUUCGUUGCAUUUGUAGCAACCAUCAGCUAUGUUAAUGCAGGCAAGACAGCAAGGCUCUUGGCCGCCAUGAAUGCAGGAAUGCUCAACGGCAUGAUGGCAGGAGGUCUGAACCCCCCUUUGGUGGCCGGCGGGGGAGUGGGAUUCAUUGGGCAGCCCCAGUUUGCUCAGUUUGUUCCUGGACUCCCCACCUUUGCUCUUCGUGCUCCUGUGCCUAAUAUGUUCCCUGCAGCAGUCAAUGCGGUUCCUUUCAUGGGAGUUCCUCAAAUGGCCCAAAUGCCUCAAAUGGCCCCAAUGAACCAAAUGGGUCAAAUCCCUCAAAUGGCCCCAAUGAACCAAAUGGGUCAAAUGGCUCAAAUGGCUCAAAUGGGUCAAAUGGCUCAAAUGAACCCAGCUCAGCAGCCUCAGAUGGGAAUGGUAGGCGGUGCCGCCCAGCAGCAGCAGCUUCCCCUUCAGGCUGAUCCACUGAGGAGAUUCAGGCGUCAGACUUUCAAACCUCAAAAUACUCUGAGAUCCACUGUGGAUAAUCAGAUUGAGGUUCCCACUGAGUCAACUGCCACAGCACCUCCCUGUGUGGAAGAAAAACAUGCGAUGAACUAAAAUAGCUUCCUAAAAAUAUCAAAAGGAAGCAUUUUUAUGACUUUCUUUAUGUAUUUUUUAAAACUUUUUUAAUUUUUGGGGGGGGCAAAAUAAAAACAA